AUGCUCUCUGCAUUCACCGCCCGCCCAAUUGUCGAGCUGAAGGCGCGCAACAAAGCCAAGAUCGACUCGCUCGUCGCGUACGGUGACCGGCUGCUGGUCGGUCUAAACACUGGCGUCCUGCGCAUAUACCGCGUCAACGAGCAGUCGGGCGCACCAGCGGACGCACUGCCGGUGGGAGGCGCGGCAGGUGGCGGCGACGCCAAUCACAACACAAACAACAAUGCUCCUUUUGCAGCUGCGAAUACGUCCCCCACUACAGCCAACGAGCCUACCCACCUCCUGCGCGAACUCGAAAAGUUCUCUCCUCGUGCCAUUGAGCAGCUCGCCAUUAUCAAGGAGGCCAACACCCUUAUAUCACUCUCCAACUACGCCGUCUCGCUCCACGACCUCCAGACGUUCACUCCUCUGCCAGGCGCCGCGCCACUGCCAGGAACCAAAAAUGCCUCGGCUUUUGCUGUCACGAGCAACAUCGUAAAGGACCCGGCAACGGGUAUCCCGGAAAUCGUCUCGCGGUUGGCUGUUGCUGUUAAGCGGCGUCUGCUGCUUUGGAGCUGGUAUGCGAGCGAGCUCAGCGGAAGCGUUGUCGGCGUCAGUGGCGGGGGGGGCCAGGACGGGAUCGCGUCUGUCGACGGAGGUGGCGAUUCUACGGCGCCUGCAGAAAUGACCCUCUCGGAGACCAUCCGGUCCCUCACGUGGGCGAGUGCUACGAAGCUAGUUGUUGGAAUGAACGCCGGGUACGUGCUCGUCGAUGUGGUGAGCCGCGACGUCGAGGAGAUUGUCGGCAACACACCCUCUGGGGCCAAUGGAGGCAGCGGCGGCGACUCUGGUGGUGUCUCGGCGGUAAGCCGAUUUGGCGCACUCGGCAGCGCCAGCAUGGGCUAUAUGGGCCUCGGCAACUACAUGCCCAAGCCUCUGGCCGCGAAGCUAGCGGACGGCGAGAUGCUCCUGGCCAAAGACGUGCACACGCUGUUCGUCACAGAUUCUGGCAAGCCUGUCGAUCGGAGAGGAAUACCCUGGCCAGUGGCGCCGGAGAGCGUUGGCUACAGCUAUCCUUACAUUCUCGCACUCCAGCCACCAACUAAGGGCUCGCUCGAGGUGCGCAACCCGAGCACACUCAGCCUCCUACAGACAAUCGCCGUGCCAAAUGCCACACAAUUGCAUGUGCCACCACCUUCUGUCAGUCUCGCUCAUGCAGGCAAAGGCUUCCACGUAUCCUCGGAGCGUGGGAUUUGGAAAAUGGACGCAACGGGCUACGAUAGCCAGAUCGAUGCGCUUGUGGCUCAAGGCCACCUUGACGAGGCUAUCAGCCUGCUGGGCUUGCUUGAAGAUGCGUUGUUGCGCAACAAGUCAAAGACGUUACGCGACAUCAAGAUGCAAAAGGCAGAAAAGCUAUUCCGCCAGAAAAAAUACCUUGCUGCAAUGGAUUUGUUCAACGAGGAAGACGUACACGCGCCGCCUGAACGGGUGUUUCGGUUCUUCCCGCGGUCCAUCGUUGGUGACAUGUCCGACGAUAAGACUGCCGUGGUCAACGAGACCGAUGCAGAUGAAGACGGCGAAGGGGGCAAGAACGGCCCAGCAAAGAACGGCACAGUGAAAGAGGACGAUGCCGACGACACCAACACUGCCCCUCCCAACAGUGAUAGCAACCACCAGACGAACGGCAAAACGGGCCACACGGACACGAGUACGUCGGCACCGCAGCCUGAAGCAUCCUCUUCGCUGCCACUAGGGGGUGGUUUCACGAAGGCGUUCUGGGGAUCCCGGAAAGUCAACUCCGAAACAGCUUCUGUAGCUUCGGCACCCAAAGGAAGCACAGACUCGGACGGCGCAAGUGUCAAGGGAAAGCAGGCCGUGCCGGGAUCAGACGAAGCUGAAACGCAGCUACCAGUUGUCCAUGCCAACGGAUACGUUCCACUCGAAGGCAAGGAGCUCAUCAGUGCCGCCGAAGCCUUGAAUAGCUACCUUGCCGGCACGCGCGCCCGACUGCAACGAGUUAUUGAUCCGGCCACGGGCAAGCUCAAGAAGCCGCGGGGCACGGAAAAUCGGCGAGAGGGCUCUGCGCCGCCGCAAUACGACAGCGACUCGGGAUCCGACGUGGACGAUGACACGGCCCGUGAAUCUCGACUCCGUACCAUAUUUACGCUUGUCGACACGACCAUGUUCCGCGUCCUGAUGCUGAUCCGGCCCAAGUUGGCCAGCUCUCUGUUCCGCAUUCCCAAUUUUUGUGACCCGGAAGUUGUCAAUGAGCGGUUGCUGGAGAACAACCGCUUCAACGAGCUCGUCGACUUCUUUUACGGAAAACGGCUGCACCGGCCAGCUCUCGAGCUGCUCAAGCGGUUUGGCGAUGUUGGCGGCAAGACCGAUGAAGACAAGAAGGUGUAUGGCGAGAGUGUGAAGACGUCGGCGUCGGGCGACGCGUCUGAUACGACCGUGUCUGUGCCUCCCACCUUACGAGGGCCACAGCGCACCAUCGCAUACCUGCAGAGCCUGCCGCCUGCGAUGAUUGAUCUGAUCCUCGAGUUUUCUGCGUGGACACUGCGGGCCGACCCGGUGCACGGCAUGGACGUGUUCUUAGCAGACUCGGAAAACGCCGAGACAUUGCCACGCGACCGUGUAGUGCGAUUCCUUGCGGGGAUCGAUGCGCGGCUCGAGCUGCGAUACCUGGAGCACAUCAUCAGUGAGCUCAACGACCUGACGCCCGAUUUUCAUAACAGGCUGAUCGAGCAGUGGAUCAAAUUGCUCAAAGACAGUGAAGAAAGAGCGGAGACGAACCAGGGGAAGAGCAGCGCGAAGGAAGGCACAGCGGACAGUGACAUGGAUGGUGAAGGCAGCAAAGAGGAAACGUGGGAGGAAAGCAUGGCGCGGCUGGUUGUGUUCCUCAAAGAGAGCAAGCAGUACAGUCUUUUGCGGGCGUUUGGCCUGAUACCCCGAGAUGACGCGGCAUUCUACGAAGCCCAGGCGACAGUGCUUAGCAACAUGGACCAGCACAAGCAAGCACUCGAAAUCUAUGUCUUCAAAAUGAAAGACUUUGCAAAGGCGGAAGAAUACUGCAACCAAGUCCACAAGGCACAAGAGCUAGCGCAACCGGUGCCGAUGUCCUCCCCUGGUCCUCUGCUCUUGUCUUCCAACAACAACCAGUCGCGGCGCGCGUCCGCGUUAAAGGGAGACGACGCAAACGACGGCGUGUCUGGCGACAAUCAAGACAAGGCAGCGGCACCGUCGAUUUACCACACGCUGCUGUCGCUGUACCUUACGCCGCCACCACAACAGCAGCGGCAACUGGCACCGGCGCUCGACCUCCUGUCCCGGCAUGGCUCGCGGCUCCCAGCCUCAUCGACUCUACAACUCAUCCCGGACAGCCUGCCCGUGGCAGAGCUAGCUUCGUACUUCCGAGGCCGCAUGCGGGCGGCCAACAGCGUCGUCAACGAAGGCCGGAUCGAAAAGGGUCUGCGGCAGACGGCCGUGCUUGCAGCACAGGCGAGCCUAUUGCUCGGUCGGGACGACUAUGCCACGGGCGGGGUGGGUGGGCACGUAGCGCCCGGUGGACGCAACCGUCGCGUGGCCAUCAGCGAAGAGCGUGCGUGCGGCGUUUGCCACAAGCGGCUUGGCGGCAGCGUGGUGGCCGUGUUGCCCGACAACACAGUGGUGCACUACGGCUGCCUGAACCGGGCGGGACAGAACAGCGGCCAUCGGACGCCGAAUUGGCGUUGA